AGAACAAGUCCUGGAUGACUCCGCCUUGGCCGUGGAGCACUUUAAAGCAAGGGCUGACACAAUAAUGAUAAAGUGCACAGCAACGACAAGGUCUAAGAGUAUUCGACAGGUUGAGGAGAGAUGUCUUCAGGGUUGGCUGUGUUGUGUCUCAUGCUCCUGCACACAGGAGCUCAGGGGUUUGGGAUAUUGCCAGGAAAGUCUCUAAAUCAUCUGGAAAUUACAGAGAGAGCAAUUUUGAAUACCGUUGUGCAGGUGUGCCGUGAGCUGGCCCAAGCUGAGGGGACAGACUUCACGGUUCCUGCACAGCCUUUCACUGCAGAGGCGGUUGCUGUAGCCUGUGGCACGCCAAAAUCAUCCAAGAGUUUCCGCCAAGCCAUUAUAUUCAUCACCUUGAUGAACGUACGGGUGGACAUCCGUCAUGCCCUAAAUGCAAGCUUCCACUUUGAUGAAGAAAUGUUUGUUCAAGGAAGGAAAAUCAUCACUGAGGGAAUACUGGUUGUCAAAGCCAGCAACAAACAAGAAAAUUAUGAGUCAGCGAGACAAAAACUGGGAGAGAUUUUUCAUCCUUUACAGGACUUCUACAGUCACAGCAACUGGGUGGAGAUGGGGAACACACUCCCAAACUCCAAUCUGAUCAGAUCAGACACCAGCAUUGGUAACAUAGCAGAUGAAAGCAGGGCAACGUGUCGUAACUGUGAUGGAGACGACUGCAGGAACAACAUCUUGGAGGAUAUCAUAAACGAGAGGAUACUGACCUCUGGAUAUUUUGGUAUUGUGCCUUUUGUGUCAACCAAACCAAAAGGAAAAUGCAGUCAUGGAGGAGCAGUUGAUCAAACAAGUAACAUCGAGCCCAAAGGUGGAAUCAACAAAGACACUUUCGAAUCUAGCCACGGACACCUGCACACCAACGCAGCGAAUAUGGCGACAGCUGCAACCAGCAAGCUACUAGAGGACAUUCGAGGGGCUGCUGGUGACCGACCAUUCCUGCAGAUGAUGGGGAUCUCCAAAGGAUCCAAUAAAGCUCUUUGUUUUGUGAUCGACACGACAGGAAGCAUGACUGAUGACAUAGCAACAGUGAAGAACGUCACUUCCUUUAUAAUCAACAGUGAAGUGGGAACAGAGAAUGAGCCCUCAGUUUACAUUCUCGUACCUUUCAAUGAUCCAGAUUUUGGGCCACUGACAAAGACUAAAGACCCAAAACUCUUCAAGGCUAAUAUUGAUUCACUGUCAGCAUCUGGUGGAGGAGAUGAGGAGGAACUGAGUCUUUCAGGGCUUCAGCUGGCUUUAACUAGUGCUCCUUCAAAUUCUGAGAUCUUCCUCUUCACGGAUGCUCCUGCUAAAGACAAACGCCUGAAGAGCACAGUGGUUGCACUCAUAGAGCGGACACAAACAGUAGUUAACUUCAUGAUUUCUGACUCAUCAGUGAGCAAUCGUAGGAGGCGGAGUGAUGACACACAAAGCAAUAGAAUAGCAGCAUCAGAUGCCCAGCUGUACAGAGACCUGGCUCAGGCUUCUGGAGGUCAGGCUAUUGAAGUCACAAAAAAUGAGCUCCCUACGGCCGUCAGCAUCAUAACAGACUCCUCCAGCUCAUCUCUGGUGACCCUUCUGCAGGCAGCCAGGAGCCCAGGAAAGGCAGAUAAUUUUUCUUUUAUAGUUGACGAAACUGUUAUAACCCUGACAGUUUACAUCACUGGGCGCUCCAUCACCUUCACUCUCAUCAGCCCCACAGGUGAAUCUCAGCAAAGCACUGACACGACAGGAUCAUUGAUCACUGCAUCCCAGUCAGUGGGGAACUUCAUAACACUGCGGGUAAAAAAACAAGCUGGACUAUGGGAAAUGAAAAUGGUGUCAACUAACCCCUACACUCUGAAGGUCAUAGGUCAGAGUCCUAUUGACUUCCUGUUUGACUUUGUGGAGGCAUCGCAGGGCCCGUUCCAGGGAUUUGAUGCUCUUGAAACACGUCCCAGAGCUGGUGUGAAUGGUAGCUUGUUGGUGUCUGUAACGGGGAGUGACUCCGCCACCGUGACAGAAGUCACUCUAGUUCAAUCGUCGGGGUCAGAGGAGAUUAAAGGAGUUGUGGUACCACAGGAGAGCGGGAACUUCUUAAUUCAGGUUGACAGGAUACCAGCAGGGGAGUUUGGGGUGCGGAUGAAGGGGCAGGAUAACAGUGUUACCUCCAGAGCUUCAGUCGUCUUCCAAAGGCAGUCAUCCACCAACUUCAGAUCCUCUAAUCUGACUAUUAGUGCGGAUUCAAAUAGCAUCUUGGUACCAGGAACGCCAUUUUCUGUGCCCUUCUCUGUGAUGACCUAUGGAAUGGAGGGAAACUACACCAUCCGAGCCACCAACAAUCGACGUUUUAACUCAACAUAUCCAACCAGUUUAUUCCUGGAAGCUAGAAACAGUACUAAUGGUACAGUGACCCUCUCAGCACCUCUUAACACCCCAUCGGGUACUGACAUCACCCUGACCAUUGAGGCUGAGGCUCCGGACGGUGGAGAUACAAACUAUGUUGUGCUGCGUUUCUCAGUCCUGAACCCGGUGACUGACGAGGAAGGUUCAGCAGCUGCUGUCUCUUUCUCCACCAAAGUCAUGCAGUCGCCUCUUCUCUGCCUAAGCAUCAUGGUGUUAGGGCUCUGUAUACUGACAGAACUAGACAUCCAGUGACUCCAUGUCAAAGUUGUGUUUGAGCUCAUCUGUCCUUUAGUGGCCAAAAUCAAUUAAUGCAUCCUUAAAACUCAAACUGAUUUUCUGGCUAUGUGCAUACUGUUUGCUUAGCUACUAUUAGUCUUAUACCACUUUUAUAAAGGUAUAGUGUCCUCUGAAAGAGAGAGCCUAAGGCCUUUGAUGCUCUUUCUUCUGCUCAGUGAAUGUUUGUGAGCAGGCCUAAAUCCUAAAAUUGAACAGAGAAGGGGUGCCCAGAUAGCUCACCUGGUAGAACUGGUGCCCCCAUGUUUAAAUGACUGAGUCCUUGCUGCAGCAGCCAGAGGUUUGAAUCUGACCUGUGGCCCUUUGCUGUGUGUCAUCCCCUCUCUCUCUAUCCUCUUUCCUGUCUACCUUCAGCUGUCCUGUCUAGUAAAGACAAAAAACCCCCCAAAAUAAACUGCUCAGAGGUUUCAUUGAUCAUCAGAACCUAUAAUAAUAUAUAAACCUUGAAAUGUUGCAACACCAGACAGAAGAGGCAGCCAUUUAAAAAAAACACUGUUUUUAUUGUCGUCAUAAUGUGUCUAAUGUAUAACCCUUUACAGAACACAAAACGUUUUGCUUUUCACAUUUUGCUACAAGUUCAACAAAUUUUUCUCCUGUUUCCUUUAUCACUAUUUACAUUUUUGAAAAGUUUUCAGAGAGACGUGUUUCCAUAAACUGGUCAGUGAUUGUCUGAUACGGAGGAUGAUGUGUUUGAUACAUGUGAUAUGUGCUUUCUUUGUAUCUUUUAUGGUGAUGUGUGUGCGCUUAGUGGUGGUGCAAGUAUGUUACUAUGUUUGGGGAAGUCAUAGAUGCAAUUUACUAAAACCAAAUCAUUAAGUCUU